AUGAGGUCGCGCACAGGCUGCCAGACGUGCCGCGUGCGAAAGCUGAAAUGCGACGAACGGAAGCCCGUCUGCGGGCCAUGCACCAAGGCCAGUCGCGAAUGCGUCUUCAACUCCGGCCUCAUCUUCCGCCACCAGCAAAAUGCCUCGAUGAAUGGCGGCGACGGCGAAAGCCCCGAGCAGGGCCUCAAGGGUUUCUACGCCUACAAGAACACCUUUGGCCACGACGCCGUCUGGCUGGACAUUCCCAAGCAAGUGAGAUUCUGGAACACCACCGACCCCUAUAAUGAGCCCAUGUCGCCCGCGUCCGAGACGUCGCCGGCCAGCGCGCCUGAACAGCCGCCAUCCUCACAACACGAUGCGCAGACCAUGCAGUGGCCCCUCCCCGACUCGUUCACGCACUCCGACGCCCAGUCGCCUGCCCACGCUCUGCAUGCUCUGUCUGCCGUAGCCACCGGCGACCACUAUGCAUACCUGCAUCCGCGCGUGAAUAGGCACGACAGCACCCCCGUUCCGGACGCGCCGUUGAGACCGAGCAAUGGCCUGUCGGCCAUGCACCCUCCCACGCCGCUUACUCGCCAGGCAGUCGAUUCGCCCAUUUCGCCGCCCGUGUCCAUGACCUCGUCUACAAACCACAAUAUCGAUUUUCUUUUGAACCAUCCGUCGGCCGUAUCCCCGCCAUUGGACCCCAGUCUACACUCUCCAUACGCGCAUUCGGGCAGGGAGGUGUUGCACGCGAGGCCUGCAAGCUCACAUAUCUCAAUGGGAUCCAGUUCGUUUGAACACAAUGUAGAAAACGACCAUGAGCUUACGUACCUCUUGCGCUACUAUUCCGAAGGCCCGGGACAGUGGAUGGACCUAUUCGACUUGGGUUCGUACUUUGCGUCCUACGUCCCGGUCAAGGCGCAGACAAAUCCGGUACUCAAGUACGCAGCCAUCGCUUAUUCUGCGAAGGCGCUUGGCCGCGUGAAGGGCAAACGUCCAACCAUGGGCGGCAACGCAAUUCGUUACUCUCGCACCGAGCUGUACCCGAAUACGCAUUCCAUCGAUUGGUACCACAAAGCAACCGAGUACUACGACAACGCUGUCUCCCUCCUCCGGCAAGCGUUGCAGGAAGACUCUCGCGGCAUUUCGCAAGAGAGUGCCAGUGGCGAGGGACAGUGGAGAUCGGCUGACGGCUCGGAUGGGAGCUUCGGACACCAAAAGCGCACCAGCCUGUCGGGAUUUCCAGUUUCAAGAUGCAGCUCGGAUGAGCUUCUGGCAGCCACUGCCAUCCUCUGUGUUUACGAGUUCCUUGAUGCAUCUGGCCCUGAAUGGUCUCGUCAUCUGAGCGGAGCCAAGUCCCUGAUUGAUAUUGCGAAAGACAGCAUGAUGCCCCUGCAGCUUCCUUCCCCUGGUAUAGCGCUUCAAUCACAGUCUGUGAAACUUUCCAAGGCUAGAAAAGCGACCUUCUGGAACGUAGCCCGGCAGGACAUGCUCUCAGCGUUCAUCAACAACACGCAAACUCGGCUCGACACUGAAGAUCUGCCAAUGUGGAAAGAUGCCGGACUGCAGAUUGACGACAACGGUUUCAUCAUGCCCGUCGAGGCAACCACUAGUGGCUACCCUGAGGGCGGAAAUGUGAUGAAAGAAGACAUGAUAUCUAACUCCCUCGUUUGGCUCAUGUCGAAGUUGGUCAACUUUAUGGCAGCUGGUGAUGAGCUUCCUCCGCUACCAGACUCUCCCUGGGCUCAAGGAGUACCGCAAAGGACGCUGCUUGAUUACUGGGUCUACCUCAGACGACAAUUCCAGAUUUGGUACGAUGGCCUCCCUCUUACCUUCAAGCCUUGCGCACGGAUUCCACCAUCUCGCAUCCCUAGUUCCUUAGUCGAGGACGACCUUGAUGCCGUGCUCCCCGAGGUAUGGUACAGUCUGUCUAUGUGCGCUUCCACAAUGCAAUCGUACCACAUGUCUCAGGUCCAGCUUCUGUUGAACAAGCCGCAUGAGACGACCCAGGGAAGAUCGACUAUAUUUGCCCGGUUCAACUCCUACGAAAGCGCCGUUCAAGAAAGCCAGAUUCACAGCCGAGAAAUCGUCAGUAUCGCUCUGUCGAGACCAGAUGCUGCCGUUCGCAUCAACUCCGUCCAGCCACUGUACACUGCGGGCCAGUGUCUUACGGAUCCAAGGGAGCGCCGGCUUGUCAUAAAGCUGCUGCGAGAGAUCGAGGCUGACACAGGCUGGGCUACCGACUACCGAGUGAACCAGCUCAUCGAACAAUGGGAGUGGGGCGAGGGUGACAUUCCAUGA